UUGAAGACCCUACACUUUAUUAAUCUUUCCUCGCCACAAAACUCAAUAGCCCUAAAAUUUUCCCGCCUAAUCUCCCUGUUCUAAGAUUCUCAGCUCCAGAACUACAAGCACUAAAACCUAAUCCUCACCACUCCACACUAUCACACUUCUCUCGCCCCCAUCGCCCCAAUUCCGGCCACCGUCACCACCAGAUCCACAACACCACCUUUGUUGCCUCUCUCGCUAUCACAGCAGAGCUCCUCCACUCCACCAUCACAUCAUCAACAACUUCUACCCGAUUAUUCUUUCUUUUUCAUUGACGCUUGGACUAUUGUAUCUACAGCAUCAAGCAAAAGGUGUAGACCAGAUGAUGGAAGUUGAUAAUGGAAGGGAUGACAUGUCGAUCGAUGGCCAAAGCCUGGGAAAUGGUGUCCCAGGUGGAUUUAAUGCUAGCUAUCUUAAACUUUACUAUGGAAAGCUUUUCCCUUAUGCUGAUAUUUUCAAAUGGCUUUCCUAUGGAAAUGAUGGGAAGCAUCCUGCAUGUGACAAGUCCUACUUUGGUCGAAGAGAGUUCUCUUUCACGCUGGAUAAUGACAUUUAUCUGCGGUUCCAGUCUGUCAACAAUGAGUUUGAACUGGAGAAUACCAUAAAAGAAAAAUGUCCAUUUAAAAUAGAUAUUGGCCCUGUUUACAGUGUGGAUCCUGCAAAGAGGCAUGCCUAUUCCCAAAGUGGUGAUAAUGUUUUUACACCUGUGGAGAGGGAGCUAAUUUUUGAUAUUGAUAUAUCAGAUUAUGAUAAUGUUAGAUAUUGCUGCUCAGGAGCUGAUGUUUGCUUGGACUGCUGGCCUCUAAUGACUGUUGCUAUUAAAGUGAUUGAUGCUUCGCUCAGAGAUGACUUUGGUUUCAAUCACAUUCUCUGGGUUUUUAGUGGUCGACGUGGUGUCCAUUGCUGGGUUUGUGAUGGAAAAGCAAGGAGGUUGACCAAUGAACAGAGGGCAGCUAUUGCUGAUUAUUUCCGAGUAUACAAGGGCAAUGAAAAUAGUAAUAAAAGGGUUUCUCUGACUGGUCCUGUUCUUCAUCCUUUCCUUGUGAGAUCUUAUACUGAAGUUCUCAAGGACUUUUUUGAGACAAAAUUGCUUUCCAGUCAAAAUCUAUUUUCAACUGAAGAGAGAUAUGGGAAGAUUUUGGAGAUGAUUCCAGAUGAAUCUGUUACUUCUGAGCUUCAGGGAAAGUGGCAGAAUAAUAAACGAUCCUCCAUUUCAAAAGAAGACAUUAAUCUUGUUCGAUGGGAGCAGCUAAAGCAUUCAUUACAAUCUGGACAAAAGAAGGCACAAGGACUUCGUAGAUGUGUUGAAGAGAUUGUGUUCUCUUUUACUUAUCCUAGGAUUGAUAUGGAGGUCUCAAAACACAUGAACCAUUUGCUGAAGGCACCUUUCUGUAUUCAUCCAAAAACAGGACGUGUUUGUGUACCUAUUGACCCAAAACAUUGUGAAGAAUUUGAUCCUACUGUGGUACCAACACUUUCCCAGCUUUUGGAAGAACUUAACAUGGGAGGAGUUGGAGCAGAUGAUGACAAAGAAUGUGAUAGAACCUCGCUUGGAAAAUCACUCAGCUUUUUCAGAUCGUCAUUCUUGCGACCUCUUCUAAAAUCUUGCAAGGAAGAGAUGGAGAGUUUACAUAAUGCGAAACUGCAGCAGUCAAAGAAUUCACUGAGUUGGUAAAUGCUUUCCCAAGUCAUUUCAUCUUGUAUGGAGAAGGUCCUGUUGCAUGUUGCUCUGCCCAACGAUACCAAACAGUAUAUAUAAUUAUGUUGCAGUGUAACUUAACGUAUAGAUGUCUUGCUUUCUGCUUUUCUGUAUAAUCAUUAGCACCCCAUGUGACCUGAUUUCUCUGUUUUCUCUAUAUACCUCAAACUGUACGUACCAUUCAAACCAUGAACAACAAUGGAUGUUGGUUGCCUUUCCUUUUCCA